AUGAGCUCCGCCGCCGCCGCUGCCGCACCGAGCAGGGUCGUGAAAUCGCCGCCGUGGAUGAUGGUGCCGCCGUCGUUCGAGGGCGGCAGAAUGGUUAAUUACAACUUCUACAGCCUGGGACACGACAGAAAUCUAUUCUUCUGCCUCACGGAGAUUGACUGCGACGACUUGGAGGCGUGGGAUCUGACAGACCCCACCUUGCCUAGGCUGGUGUGGUGGAACCACAAGGACUUGUUGGGCCCUGAAAACUACAUUGCUUGGUUGGAUGAUGUGGAGAAUUUACGUAUGUCGAAAACCGGGAUUUGGACGAGGCCACUUAGAUACUUGGUGUAUGCAGAGGAUUUGCGGCAGUUGUUUCUUGUCACGCGUCAUUUAGUUGAGCAGAUGGCUCCGGAUGGUUCGUCUGUGGAAGACUUGGAUAGAGACGAUUACCCGUACAAAACGGUGGCUUUUGAUGUGCAUAAGAUCGACCGGGAAGAAGGUGGAGGAGGGAAGCUGAGCUAUGUCGGUGGGUCGUUGGGUGGGCUGUCCAUGUUUGUUGGGCAUAACCACUCGUUCGCGGUGAUGCCUACAAACGGUGGGCUGAAGCCCGAUUCCAUAUACUUCACGGAGGACAGGGAAUUCUGCCCCGGAAAUUCAAAUUUCGGUGAGGAUGAGGAAACUAUAUAUGGGGGGCACGAUAUCGGCAUUUAUGAUUAUGAGAAGAAGACCAUCUCCCCUUGCUAUUACCCGUGCGAUGUCGGGAGCUUGAAAAGGAUUGUGCCCUCACCUAUUUGGUUUACUCCCUCUACACCCUCAUAA